AUGCGAACUCGAUCGAGUCGGUCUACUGAAGACUUGGUCGAGCUAGACAUUACAACGGGUAGAAAGAGGGUUCAGAGGUCACAGAGGGUACAAGAGGAACCUGAGGUGCUUGUUGCUGAUACAAUGGAUGUACCAGAGGGGAAUGGAAACCCUUUGGGCAAUGGACUCGGUCGAGCUAGGCAAACUCGACCGAUUGGUCAAGGAGAUGCUCCAAACCGCCACCAACAGAGACAAGGGAUUGUUCCACCACCAGUGCAGAACCACAACUUUGAGAUCAAGCUGGGAAUGAUCAACCUUGUCCAGAACAAGAUGUUCCAUGGAUUGCCAAGUGAAGACCCCAUUGACCACCUUGAUGAGUUUGAUAGGCUUUGUGAUUUGACAAAGAUCAAUGGUGUCUCUGAAGAUGCCAUCAAGCUGAGACUCUUUCCUAUGUCUCUAGCUGACAAAGCUCACCAAUGGGAGAAGAGCUUGCCCCAUGGCACAAUCACCACUUGGGAUGAAUGCAAGAAGGCCUUUCUUGCUAAGUUUUUCUCCACCGGUCGCACAGCCAAGCUUAGAGGAGAGAUAUCCAGCUUCAUCCAGCGAAACAAUGAGACAUUCGCAGAGGCUUGGGAGAGGUUCAAAGGCUACACAAGUCAGUGCCCACACCAUGGAUUCAACAAUGAAUCACUACUCUCCACUCUUUAUAGAGGAUGCUUGCCUAGGUAUAGGGAGAUGCUAGACACAGCUAGCAAUGGGAACUUCCUCAACCAGGAUGUAGAUGAUGGCUGGCAACUUGUGGAGAACAUAGCUAACUCAAAUGGAAGCUAUGGAGAAGAGUAUGAUCGCACCAACCGGAGCUCGACCCACCACUCGAUCGAGUCAGACGAAAAGUUGAGAAAAGAUGUUAAGGCAUUGAAUGAGAAGUUGGAUAAGCUGAUCCUAGCUCAGUCCACAAUGAAGAAAGUCAACUUUGUGUCUGCUGAGGAGAUGGAACCAGUCCAAGAAGGGGAGGAUACACAAUUUGCUGAGGUGUGCUACAUGAGCAAUGGGCAAGGAGGUUACAACAAAGGAUACUAUAACUACAAGUCCAACCCUGCCAUGUCAUACCGCAACACUGAUGUUGCUAACCCUCAGGACCAAGUAUAUCCUCAACAACAAGCAGCUCGAUCGAGUCAAGGCUUCCCCCACCAACCGCCCCAGCCUGCACCUUCACAAGAGAAUGAGCUCAAGGCAAUGCUAAAGCAACUACUUCAAGGGCAAGCUGAUGGGGUAGUGGACACAAGCAAGAAGCUAGCUGAAAUAAACUCUAAGAUCGAGAACCUCAACACAAGGGUUUACUCUCUGGAGAAUCAUGCUUCUUCUGUUGCUGCUGCUACAAAGCAAGGACAACUACCUGGUAAAGCUAUUCAGAACCCCAAGGAACAGUGCAAGGUCAUCUUCACUCAAGAAGGACUUGUUGAAGAAGAGGAUCAAGAAAGGGUCAUUGAAGAUUUUUGUUUACUGCUGAAUGAUGAAGAGAUUGUUGCUGCUGAGGCUCCUGGAGUCCAGAUUGAUCAACCAGAAGUGCAUGCACCUACUGUGGCCAUUCACACUUCACCAGUUGAGCUCGCACGACAAGCUCGAUCGGCAGCUCGAUCGAGUCCAACUCUAGCUCGAUCGAGUCCGACCUCUUCUGUCCGACAGCCUGUUUUGCUUGAUCCUUAUCAACCGGUUGCCGCUUCCUCGUCUCGCCUACUUAGUCAAGGUCACAAGGAAGUGAUUCACAAGUUCAGAAGAGAUCUCAGUGGGAUUGGAAUUGAGUUGCCUCUAUGGAUAGCAUGA